UUCGUCCAGAAGUUGUGUGGGAUAGAGCAGCUAAUUAGAUCUGUUGAACUGCAAGGCGAAUAAUAGGUGCACUCAAAAUGAAACAAUUAGUGAUCAACUUUCUAGUAGUGCUUAGCUUUCACUAUGGAAAAUCCAGCUUGGCCCCGGUCCUGAGUAUUUGCUCAAAAAAUGAUCCAAAUUUGGAAAAGUGCAUUAUAAAUGUUGUGGAGAGCAUACGGCAGAAUGUGAUUGAUGCAAAUUACGGAGAUGGUCGAAAAGCACCCAAAUUCGAUCCAAUAUAUUUUGAGCGGAUGGAAAUGGAAAAUGGAGCUGGAUUUCGUUUGGUGCUAACCAACGUGACCAUCAAAGGAGCAGGUGGAUUCAUUAUCAAAAAAAUUCGGCCAAAUAUAGCUGAAACGAAGUUUGAAAUAACUUCGAUUAUACCAAAAAUGAAUAUCGUUGGGCAAUACAAUUUGAAUAUCCUUUUGUUGGGAGCCGCUGGAAGAGGAGAUUUUCGUUUACAACUUAAUGACACCAUCGCCAACCUGCAGAUGCAGUACCGCCGGAUACCAAAGGACGGGAAAAACUUUGUCCGGUUCGAUCCGAUUGAUCUGAAGCUGCAGUUUUCGAAGGCCAAGUUUCACUUCAAGGGGCUGUUCAACGGUGACCCAGCGUUACAGCAGUUCUUUAACCGUGCCAUCGAUGACAAUCCGAACGUAAUAUUGGACGAGGUGAAGCCCAGUUUUGAGAAGAACCUUGGGCGGGUUUUCACAGAUAUCUCCAACAGUGUUGUGGAGGGAGCGGAAGAGAAUGAGUUGCUGCCACCGUGAAUUCCAAUGAAUAACAAUUUUAGAACUUGUGCGCUGUUAGGGUUAAUGAUAAUGAAACUAAUAUAAGGAUUCUCAAGGAAUAGUUACAUUUUUUGUGAGAAAUAUACUCCAUCAUUGUUUGUUUUAUUUGAAUCUGUUUUAGGUACGAAGAUUUUUUAUAAAAUGGAUUUUAAUUGUUGAUUCCCUACGAACAAUUUUGGCUGAAUAAGCUAGUUUACUAGCUGAAGAAGGAUAUUUUUGGUUGAAUAAAUGCUCUACUAGCUUCUGAUGUUUGUUGGGUUAGUUGGCCCUUGAGAAAUUGAAAAUUUGAUAUCAAUAAAUCAUCUUAUCAAGCAAGAAUAAACAUCUUAGUUAAUACACUUCAAAUAGCAGUAAGUAGGGUAACGGUACCAAUAGUGGAAGUAUUAGUAGAUCGAUAAAAGGAAUUUUUUUUUUGAAAUUGAAAAUUAUGGGA